AUGGACGAGUUGCAGAAGGUGUUCGAGAAAUUCGACUCCAAUGGUGACCGCAAGAUCUUACCCUCCGAGCUCGCAGACGUCCUCAGAUCCAUGGUGACGAACUACUCCGCUCCGGAUCUCCAGCACGCCAUGGAGGACAUCGAUACCGACAAUGACGGUUUCAUCAACCUGGAGGAGUUCGCACAGCUCUGCCGCUCGUUCUCAUGCGCCUCCGCGGCCGCCGAGCUCUACGAGGCCUUCAACCUGUACGACGAGAACAAGGACGGGCGCAUCUCCAGGUCCGAGCUCUACCACGUGCUCAACCGCCUUGGGAUGAAGUGCUCCAGGAUGAUCAAGGGCGUUGAUUCCGACUGUGACGGAUGCAUCAAUUUCCAGGAGUUCGAAAAGAUGAUGGCCACCGCCAACGGUGUCGUUGAUUUCGCCGUUGCCGCUGUCAACUAG